AUGGCUAAAGAUAAAGAGCGUACAGUCAAUCCUGCACAAGCCCAACGGCGACUUGAGAAGCAAAAGGCGCUCAAAAAGGGCAAGGCUGAGGCACAGAACAGGCGCAAUGAAAAGCUAGCACGGCGAAAUCCUCAUCGCAUCCAGAGACAGAUAGACGACCUUAAAUCUGCUGAAGAGGCAGGGAAACCUCUCAAGCCGCAGCAAAAGGAGAUCCUCGAAGCCCUGGAAAGGGAUUUACGAGCUGUCAAUAAGGCGAGGGAAGCUCUUGGAGACAAGGCACCGGUCUUUGGACGUGGGAAUGGCGGACCGCGCCGAGAGAGAGACAGAGAUGGAGAUCAAGGUCCCAAUGUGUUAGGGAAGAGAAGAAGGGAUGGACAACAUGGAGGACGCUACUGGAGACAGCAUGAGAGCAGUGGUAGUGAAACAGACGAGAGCGUUCGACGAAUACCUAUGCCCAGGGACACGCCUCCUCCGAUCCCACGUCAGCAUCACCAGGGACGGCGAGGAGGGCCAAAUGAUGCUGUUGGUAAAGGUGAAGAGCUAGGCGGCGAGCAAAGAGUACAUCAACUACCUCCUAAACCUCCGUUGCCAGAAGCGAAGGCUGUCUACGAAUCAGCACCCAUCCUCAGGAAUCUGCAAAAAGAAGCUAUCAACAGGUUUGUGCCGACAACAGUGAGGGUUAAACAGGCUGCCGUCAAGGGUGAGGGCCAGCUUGUUGAACCCGAAGAGAUGGAUAGGCUGGAGAAGGCCGGCUACGUUGUCGGUGGGAGUGGUCACAAUGCCGGCCAGACGACUGAUAAUACUACAAGCGCAAAGGCAGCUGCAACCUCUCUUGAAGAAGAGGAAGAACGGUUCAACCGCGAGCUCAAGUCUGUGCAGAUCGAGGAAGUUGAAGACGAGGGUAAUUGA